AUGAGACCGCUGCUACGCAUCGCCCAACAGCCACAUUUCUUUGACACGCACCGGCUGGCAGCCCGGCUCGAGCGCGAGGGGUUUUCGGCAGAGCAGUCUCGCACCAUGGUGACGGCGCUGGCAGACGUGAUGCAAGAGAGCACAGGCAACAUCCUAGGCAACAUAGUGACCAAGGCGGAGCAAGACAAGACGCUGUACAUGUACAAGGUGGAUUUCGCGCAGCUAAAGUCCGAGAUCCAGAUGAUGGAAAAGACGGACUACUCGAUCAUGAAGGCAGAGAACGAGCGACUGCAGGGGGAGGUGAACAAGCUGAAGCAGAAGCUGCGCGAGGAGAUCACGCGCACGCAGGCGGGGGUGCGGCUGGACAUGAGCCUGGAGAAGGGCCGGGCGCGGGACGAGCAGGCGCAGCAUGAGAUCAAGAUCAAGGAGACGGACACCAAGAUCGAGCAGGAGAUAUCGGGGCUGCGAACGCAGAUGGAGAGCAUAAAGUUUAGCAUCUUGCAGUACAUGAUUGGUACCAUCACCGGUACAGGCGCCUUGAUCCUGGCGUACCUCCGGAUGUUCAAAUAG